CACUUCAGAGCCACCGUAGGAAGUACCUUGUGGAAGCGGGAAGAGGAAAAGAAAAUUAUUUUACACAAGCAUGACAAAAGACCAAGGGUGCAGCCUCAAAACAUUGUGGAGUUGGUUCCAGCAACAAUAGAAUCAAACGGUUCCGUAUCAUCCCCUGAUGAUGUUAUUGGUGCCAAAAUGGAGAAGCCAGACGGUGAAGCAUGUGCAUCUCACCCUGUUCCACAGAACAAAGCAGAGACUGCCUUGGCCUUGGAGGAGCCAGUGAAGAAAAAACGUGGGAGGAAACCACUGCCUCCAGAGCUGAGAGCAAAAAAGCUCUUAAAAACACCUUCUAAAGCUUUGCCCAGGCAACCCAAACCAGCCAUCAAAAAACCACUUCCAGGACGUUUAACCCGGAGCUCCAGAGAAAUUCUUGAUGUGCUCAGUGGACAAUCUAGCCGCAGCAGUGGCAAAGGGCAAGGUGUUCCCCAGGCAUCAGCAGGAUCUCCAAAUGUGCAACAGAAAACUAAGAAGGGUAAGGAGCUUCCUGUGGAACUCCGGGAUAAAAUUGUAGAAAGACAUAAGUCAGGAGACGGAUAUAAAAAAAUUUCUAAGUCACUGAACAUCUCUUCUAGCACAGUCAGAUCGAUCAUUCGGAAGUGGAAGGUGCAUCGUACCACUGAGACACUGCCUAGAUCAGGAUGUCCCUCCAAACUGAGUAACCAGGCAAGGAGCAGACUGGUAAGUGAAGCCACUGUGAGACCAACAGUGACUUUGAAAGAGCUAAAGAGUUCAAUUGCUGAGAUGGGAGAAAUUGUGAGUGAGUCAACGAUAUCCCGGUCACUCCACAAAGCUGGCCUGUAUUGCACAGUGGAAUUAGUUCCAGUAUCGACUGAAUCAAGCAGUUCUGUAUCAUCCCCUGAUGAUGAUAUUGGUGCCAAAAUGGUGAAGCCAGAUGGUGAAGCAUGUGCAUCUCACCUUGUUCCACAGAACAAAGCAGAGACUGUGGUGGCCUUGGAGGAGCCAGUGAAAAAAAAACGUGGGAGGAAACCACUGCCUCCAGAGCUGAGAGUGAAAAAGCUCUUAAAAACACCUUCUAAAGCUUUGCCCAGGCAACCCAAACCAUCCAUCAAAAAGCCUCUUCUUCCAGACAGCUUCACAGGCAUAACCCGCAGCUCCAGGAACCUCCUUGAUGUGCUCAGUGGACAGUCUAGCCGCAGCAGUGGCCAGGGUGCUCCCCAGGCAUCAGCAGGAUCUUCAAAUGAGCAAAAGAAAUCUAAGAAGAGUAAGGAGCUUCCUGUUGAACUCAAGGAUACAAUUGUACAAAGACAUAUAUCAGGAGAAGGAUAUAAAACAAUUUCAAAGUCACUGAACAUCUCUUCCAGUACCAUUGGAUCAAUCAUUCGGAAGUGGAAGGUGCAUUGUACCACUGAGACACUGCCUAGAUCAGGAUGUCCCUCCAAGCUGAGUAACCAGGCAAGGAACAGACUGGUAAGUGAAGCCACUGUGAGACCAACAGUGACUUUGAAAGAGCUAAAGAGUUCAAUUGCUGAGAUGGGAGAAAAUGUCAGCGAGUCAACAAUAUCCCGGUCACUCCACAAAGCUGGCCUGUAUUGCACAGUGGAUUUGGUUCCAUUAAAAACCGAAUCAAGCAUUUCCGUAUCAUCCCCUGAUGAUGAUGAUGAUAUCAGUGCCAAAAUGGUGAAGCUAGAUGGAAACACCUGUGCCUCUGAUACUGUUCUGCAGACAAAAGAACAGACUGCAGAGGCCAAGGAGGAGCCAGUGAAGAAAAAACGUGGGAGGAAACCACUGCCUCCAGAGCUGAGAGUGAAAAAGCUCUUAAAAACACCUUCUAAAGUUUUGCCCAGGCAACCCAAACCAUCCAUCAAAAAGCCUCUUCUUCCAGAGAGCUUCACAGGCAUAACCCGCAGCUCCAGGAACCUCCUUGAUGGGCCGAGUGGACAGUCUAGCAGCAGCAGUGGCCAGGGCCAAGGUGCUCCCCAUGCAUCAGCAGGAUCUCCAAAUGGGCAACAGAAAGCUAAGAAGGGUAAGGAGCUUCCUGUAGAACUCCGGGAUAAAAUUGUAGAAAGGCAUAAGUCAGGAGAAGGGUAUAAAAAAAUUUCAAAGUCACUGAACAUCUCUUCUAGCACAGUCAGAUCGAUCAUUUUGAAGUGGAAGGUGCAUCAUACCACUGAGACACUGCCUAGAUCAGGAUGUCCCUCCAAACUGAGUAAGCAGGCAAGGAGCAGACUGGUAAGUGAAGCCACUGUGAGACCAACAGUGACUUUGAAAGAGCUAAAGAGUUCAAUUGCUGAGAUGGGAGAAAAUGUCAGCGAAUCAACGAUAUCUCGGUCACUCCACAAAGCUGGCCUGUAUUGCAAAGUGGCAAAAAGGAAAGUGCAAAUCAAAGAAAGGUGUCUGAUGCAAAGCCAGCAGGAUGUGUCAUCCAGCCAACACCAUCCAUGCAGUGAAGUACUGUGGUGGGAGCAUUAUGUUAAGGAUAUUCUUCGCGAAAGUAACAAUGAAGCUUCCCAGGAAUGAAGGGGGAAAUGGAUGGCUUCUGACUGAUCAAUUAACUAAAAUGCAUGCAAUGUCAGCCAUUGUAGUCAGAAAAAGCAACUGAAUUGAAGGAAACAACAGUUGUAUGAUUGUGUAUGAAGCCUGGACCAAUGAGCAUUGUCAUUGUCUGGGUGAGUCAAAGAUUCAAAGGUUCAUAUUGUGUGUAAUGUUUCUUGUAUGCAACAUCCAACAAUAUGAAAUGGUGUGUUGCUCUUGAAAAUAAAUGUAAUGUAGAAUUGCAGCUUCAGCUAUAUAAGCCUGUUGUACAGAGUUUAUGUUUAUUUAAUAAUUUUCGAGUAUCAAUUUGUGCUAAUGUGGACAUGAUACCAUUAUAGUAUCAAUCAGUGUGGUACACACAUAAUUUUAACAUACACACAUCAUAAAAUCAUUCAUAUCCAGUGUUAUUUGCAGCCUAUCAAGCAAAAGAUGCAAAAGGCAAUAUGCAAAUAUUGUUGGUAUUGUUCGUAAAACAUCUACAAUUGGUAGCAGGCAAACAAAAAAAGAUAAACAGAAAACGGAUUUAAAAUGUCAUGUCCUGAGUGACACAAUUGUUUAAUUCCAUAGUGGAUGUUCUAUUGAAUCUCAUUAUGUGGCUACAUGCAUUAGCCAGAAUGUAGGUUAGUUUCAUAGUCUAAUUAUAGUGUGUUGCUACAAAAUCUACAAUAACAUGCAAUAGCCUGCUCCAAAAAGUACCAUGAAUUCACAAAUUGCUUAGUGAAUGCUUAGACGCAAUGGGCCUCGUGGAAGAACCACUCGUAUGAACAGAUUUGUUCUUAAAUCGAGUGAUUUAAGAGAACUUGGCACAUUCAGCCAUUUUUUCUUAUUUAAAUGUUUUUCUUGGGUAGGAACAACAUUUACAAGUGGUCCCAGUCCUCUCUUCUGAAUCAUGUAAUCAAGAGCCUUGCAGUGCAUGUCAGCGCAGCUUGCCUGGAAAACUUUCAAACUUUCAAACUGGGCAUUGCAGAUGAAAUAUGAAUUAAGAUUCAGCAACUGCAUUGUUUAUUUCUUGGCUCAAUGUAUUUUACUGGACUAAGAGAGAAAAGUUUAGCAACGGCCCGCCAUAUUAUGCUUUGCUAAUACAGAUGAACCACAGUCUACCCAAUCAGGUAUCAGUCAUCAGUAGUCCCUUGGCCAUCUAUCUGAUGGAACCCUCCUACAGUACCGCAUAUUCUGUAUUAUAAUGCGUUUGUUGAAUCCGAUAUGGCACACCUGUAUGAGCCCUUCUAAAAAAGUAAAAUAAAUGUAUGAAAAGAACACAAAAAUGUUCUUGCAUGAGGCCCAAUGUCCCACAGAUGUACCCAAAAACAAUGUCCCUGUCAUCCAGGAAAGUAGUAUACUGAACCAUUUAAUUCAAAAGCAGUUUGAUUAAUUGAAGGUGUUAUUAAGACUGAGGUUGAUGUUUUUGUAAUCUAUAGCCAUACCUUUGGUGCCAUUUCUCAUUUCUCUCAUGCAGUUUAUACCUGGCAUUAUUAACGGUUACUGCGCACUCCGAAGCUGUCUUGUUUACAUAAGGUGGUAUGUGUAUUUGAAAUACACAUGCGGGGAAAACGAUUGAAAACAAAAUAGUAAAAACGAGUGACGUUGUUUUCGGAGAAGUUCUACUUUUCAAAACUACCUUCUGAAGCUGUGUGGAUCAUUGAACUCAACCAGCGGAAGACGGAAGAGGAUACAGCAUGUGUUCAGCGAUUAUAAGUUAUAGUUCCAACCGUCUAACUUCUCUGAAAACAACGUAACUCGUUUUAAUUUUUUUUUCACACGUAUACAUUAAAACACGUGAUACCUCAUGUAAAUAAGACUGCUUCAGAGUUGCUGUAAGGUGUAUUUAUUCACUUUGAAGGAGGUAGGAAACUGCCUCCAAUAUGCUUCAAGUCUUUAUGCUAAGCUAACACGUUAUGCUAACAUGGAAAUUGAGCCAGUGAAUGCACAAAAAUGAAAAUGAAAUUGAACAUCUCAUCUAAGUUUGGGUAAGUCGGAUAAAAGGCAUGUUUAUGGUAGAAAAUGUGCAUCAGUUAACAAUUACAAGUACAACAGAAUCCUGGCCUGUAUGGUAGGGUUGCAAGUAGCCACUACUUGUUUUUCCCAAUUGAUAUCAAAGCUUGCCUAUAGUAUACAAGAAAGCAAGAGAGUGAUCCAUUCUAUUACAAUCACUUGGCUCCAGCAAUCCAGUGAUCUAGAAAUACAAUCACUUGGAUCCAGCUAACAUGUGAAUAAAGGUUUUGUGGUGAAAUGGCUAGACCUCCAAAGUGGUAUAUCUUGCACACAUAACACUGUACAUAACCCACUUUGCGCCAUCCCUAUAGUAAAGCACCGUGGUGGCAGUAUCAUGCUGUCCUUCUGCAGGCGUGAUGAAAAUGGACCCCUAAAAUUGGGGGGACUAUUUAUAAAAAGGGCUGUAAUUCCUACAAGGUUCACCCAAAACCCUGCACUUUAACCACAUAGUGAUUGUUUUAUUUCAACUGUUUGUUCGCUGGAGGACAGAGUGAAAACAACAAAGAAAUGUGCCGCUGUCCAAAUACUAAUGGACUGCACUGUACAUCCAUCCAUCCAUUAUCUUAACCCGUUUAUCCUUGCACUGUACAUUAAACUGAAAAUAUAUCUUUAACAAGGUUAGUUGUGACUCUUCAGGACUUGAUGAAAAUACUUACAAUUUACAAUUGUACCUGCAGAUGUCACUAUUGCUUCUGAAGUCAGAAAAAAAUCUACUUCUAGUUUUCCCUGAAGAGCCUGGAGUACCGUCUCUUGAAACAUUUUGGUUAAAUGCCAUUCUCAAAUUCACUAUAAACAGAUAUCAGAAAAUUAACUGUGAUACCAUGACAAUCAUGUAAAAUGUAACAUGACGUAGAAAAUGUCUGAGGUAUGGAAAUUGUUCAAUAAAACCAUUUUGCUCAGUAAAA